GAGCAGGAGACAGCUGUUUUGGGCCGAACAGCCUGGUUUUAAUAUCUCAGAUGUGACUUUGUUGUCAUUGUUAGCCUCGCAGCUUGUCUUUCGUCUCUUUAGCCUCACCUGUUAGCAGCUUCCUCUGACCGUUUUGCUUUUGUCGGGUGUCCCGGGUCGUUUGUGGGUUUCGCGUUAGGAUGGUUUUGUCAACAUCACAACAAGUCGCCCUGGCUUUCACGGCCGUGCUUUUCACGUUUGUCGUCCUGCCGAGGUUGUUUGGCGUCGGCAGCGGGACCGGAGCGAAGGAAACUAGGUUUGACCCUCGCUACACCAGAAAAGGUCCAGGGCCCGGUGCAGUCAGAGGUCAGCCCAUCAACGUGAACGCCCCAGGCUCCCCUCAGAGCCCUGAGAACAUGCAACAGAUGAAGAAGCUGAUGGAACAAGAGCUGAAGAAUGAUAAGUACAAAUCCAACAGCAACAAGGGCUACGUGUUCACACUGAUGCCUCUCUAUGCCAUCGGAGUUGGAGUGUUUGCAGCCUACAAGUUUUUGAAGAUCAAGUCUGCAGAUGACCAGGCACAAAGGGACAAAUUUGCGAAAGGGGCAAAAAAGUCAGUGGAAGCAGAAAACCAGUUGAACGAGCUGGAACAAAGGCUAGCUCAGACAGAGAGGAUGCUCAAUUCCAUCCUCACCCAGCUGGACCCGCUCACUAACUGUGUGAAGUCAGUGGCCCAGGAGCAGAAAAACGAGAUUAUGUCUCAACUGCAAACCAUCCGGUACCUGAUGAAGAAGAGAGGAAUGGACUGUCCCCCCCUGAACAUCAACGAGGCGUCCUGCGAGCGUAAUCUGGACCACCUCAUUGAGUCCCUCGGGGCCAGUGACUCCUCGGCAGUGGAAGCGUCUGUGGUGGACAGUCAAACCUCUGGAGCAGCAGAGGCUUCUGAAAAAGUCUAUGAAAAGCAUUCAGAAGCUAAAGAUGAAGCCGCUACAGAAGGUGAAGAGAUGAAGGAGCUCAUACCAGAGGAAUCGGACGGGGAAGCCGAGAGAGAAGGAGAUGUGUUGGAAGAGGAGGAGGAGGAGGAUCGAGUAGAAGAGGAGGAAGAACAAUUGGAGGACUGUGAGCUCAUGCCUUCACUAGAGGAUUUUUGUGAGCCAAACACUGAGGAGGCGUUGCCUGCGUCCGGCCUGAGGCGACGCAACAGGCCUGAAUGACCUUACUGCAGGACUUCUGCACUGUAUAGAAAUGUGAUAGAUUAUUAUGAAUAUUUAUUAUCUGAAAGGCUUUUUUUCCAAAAUGCAUCAGCAACAUCUAAUGCAUUAAUUAAAAACAAUAACCUCAUAAGGAACGCUCUCUAACUAAACACACAGGGCUCUAUUUUCCUGUUGCACACACAAAGACCAACACAAACUAUAGAUUAUAUACACAAGGUCAGAGAGGGUAUUAUUCAAGUGCAUCUGCUAUAUUUGCUCAUAUGGGUGCAGUGAGCUGUGUGCAAAGCUGACAUUCCUUUUUUACAAUUGUCCGCUCAGAAGCUGAACAUAUAUUCUCAGCACUGUGUCAUUAUGGCAAUUUUUUUUUUUUUGCUCCACUCAGUUUUGCACCAUGUGGGCUGCACUGGCACAAAAAUACAGAGGAGACAGACAAACCACAGGGUGCUGAGUGUUGGGAUAGUGUUGGAGAGUUCCAACAGUUGUUGUUGAGUUGUUGUUGUUUGAGUCUUUGUGCUGACAUGAAAAUGGAGCCCAGAGUGUCCUAUACUUUCCUGUUGUCAGUCAUUUUCUAAUUCUAAUUAUCACCUUUAUAAACUUACCUGAUUUUGGAAUGAAAUUGCUUUAUACACGCUUUUGGUAACACUGUUAUUAGUUGAAGUUUGUACCUGUUUGAAAAUGCCAAACAUGUUAAAGCAUCUAUAAUCCAUGCUAACAGGGGUGGUGGUCAGUGUAAUCUGUUACUGCUAGUUGUCCCUUCCUUUUUCUUUGUCACAGUGGAUGUCUUGUCAAACACAAGUGCAUCUGCUACAUCUACUAACAAGGCUGCAUUCAGUUCAUGUGCCUGCUGUUGUGUAUGCUGGCUCACUGACAUGUCUUACUGGGACAGUUAAAUGGAACAAAACACCAUUAAUAUUAUUUGCUAUCACUUGUACUUUUCCUGCUAUGACAAGUCAAAAUGUCUGCUGUGAGAAAGGUCUGUUGACAUCAUUAUUUUACAGUGAUCAGUGCCACAAGACAUAAGUUUGAUGUUUUUAACGACCCGUCUUUAAAAACUAACGUCUGUUUGUCCACAGGCAACGUGCCAUCGAUGUUGCAUCUUAACCCUGCACCGUCCUUUGGUGUCACCCUCAGGUUGCUACCAGAAUAACAACAGUUCAACUAGAGUCAGCCAUGAUAGGUCAAAUGAAGGUAUGAGAAAAUUGCAGACACUGAUGUUUGUCCACAAAACGCAUAAAAGUCUUACCAUAAAAAAGGUCCACUUCCUUUUUUUAUUUUUGAAUAUAUACUAAAUUCUUUCUUGUCAUAAAGGGAUUGACAUUACUGCUGCUAGAUGUGAUGAGCCUACUUAGACUGCAGUACAUUAUUACCUACAUUUUAGAAGUGCAUGUUUUCCUCAACUUUCCAUAACUGUUUUGCCUGCACAAUGUGACUGCAUGAUAUUUUAAUUUAUUUAUUCACAAGAAAAGUGACAAUCAUUUGAUCAGCCAGAAACAUGAAUUCACAUUCAGUGUUUCUACAGCUUCACUGUUACAUUACUUUUUGUAAAUAAGCAUUCUUUUGUAUGUGUUUAUGUGAGAUAUUUAUUGGAUACCAUUGAAAGGAAUCAGUUCUCACGUUUGCCUUAUAUUUCAAUCAUUCUUUUCGAAAUUGUGAUUUAAAAAUCUCUGAUGAGGCUUUAAGGUUGUUUACAUGUUGUCUGUUGUUGGGUAACAUACAUCAAGUCAUCAGGGUGCAUCUCUAAAUUUUACAAAUACAAUGAGCAAAAUUAACCUUCUAAUUUGUGCUGAUGUAAGUUAAUUCCCAACAAUGCAUUCAUGACUCAAAUUAACUAAUUAUUCUCCAUGUAUUAUCUCUCUAUGUAACAUCAUUUUUACACUGUAUGUCCCUGCCUGUUACAGAUCAGCACAGUUGAGGAUAAUACUGUCAUUUCACUUAACUUUGCAGUACCUGAUAGUAGCCCAAAUGCUGAUGUAGGAAAAUGUGGUAAAAAUCACAAAAUAGUAGUAAUGAUUAUUUUUGCCAAUAUUAGAUGUCCCUGUAAUGUAGAAUUUAUUGUGUAAUAACAUAGAACCCAGUCUUAUUGUUGUGCAUCCCACAGAUCAUUGCCUUAUGUUUGGGAUGAAAUAUUUGACCUGUUCACUUUGCACAUUAUGUUUUCCUCUGCCUCGUAUUUUCACUGUUUUCACUUCUCAGUUCCGGCUCUUAUGUUGAAAUUAUUGCCACAUCUUGGUACCACAGAUCUUUGCCUUAAAUUGUUCUGCAGAUGUUUUGUUUAAAUUUCUUCCCCUUUAACCAUAGUUACCUUUCUGUGUUGAAUGUUGUAUGAUUAAUGUGGGAGUUGAGUGAAAAAAAACAAAAACAAAACCUCAACUUGCCUUAGUAGAAAAUAAAACCCAAAAAAAGUGAUGCGGUUGAUCUUGGUGACAUUUGAAAGCAAAAUGGUUAUUAAGCUUCAACCAUGAUAAUACCUUGAUACUAAUGCUAGAGAUAUUGUUUGGAGACUCUUUUAAAUCUGACCUUGCUAUAUUUUAUUUUUAUCGGGUCUGUGAAGCCUCUGAAACCACCAGAUCUUUUGAGUGGAAGGGAAAGUUGUAUCAUUUAAAAUGAAGAAUGAAUU